UGACGCUACAACAGUACCUACCCGAGCAUCUACAGUGGAUCAUGGACUCGGUGGUGGAGCAGGAGAACCACAUUGCGGAAGCUAUUAACGCCGUCGACUGUCGGUUAAGUAGACUUAAAAUCGAAAAUCUUCAUUCACUGUCGAAAGUGAGCGGGAUUUUGGCUGCGCGUGCUAUGCACUUUACAGAGUGUCAAAGCUUGGAGAGCUUCGGGAGCAUGGGCAUUUUACGUCAGUGCCGACCGUUUAACCUGACGUUCGAAGCGCAGAACACCGUUUACUGCGGCGUACAACCUCGUUCGGGAAACUUUACGAUUUCUCGCGACGGAUUCACGGCGAUUAAGUGGCAAGAAUGCUACUGGCAAUCGCAUACGGUGAACUUCCGUGGAAUUCCCCACGUCUGGAGAGACGGAGAUUGGCGACCAGUGCAGCCGGUGCAGUAUGCUGACCGACAGCUGUUACUCGCGCCUUUCCAGGAGACUGUCGACCUUUCUGGGGCUUUGCUGGAAGCAGCCGCCGAGAAGGAGCAUGCGAUGACGUUCCAAUUACUGGGCCAGUUGGCCGGUGUGAUGGAACAUAACGGAGUGGAGAACGUGGAAUCGUUCGUCCAGAACGUACAGCAUGUCGUGGACCGAUAGCUGGGUGCGGAAAGCGGAUUUCGAAUCGCUUGACAGAACGGAGACAUCGACGUUCGACUGUGGUAGCGGAACCGGUGACAUACGUCAGCGCUCCCGAGGAUCCCGGCUAUGAAGCGAUUAACCCACCGGAUAAGGAGGAGGGACGGAUUUUC